AUGUUUCGUGGGACUGUAAGGAAAACUAUACCUCUUCUAGCGUUUGGUAUUGGCAUUGCUGCUUUUCCCAAAGAGUGGCGUAAAGGUCAGUUUAAGACUGAGAAGAAGUUAAUUCAUAUCAAUGACCAGGUCAUCCAACAGAUUGAAUCGACAGAUGAGUAUAAGAAAUUGGUAUCUGAUCCUGAAAUCAAGCACUACACGUCAAGUAAAGCGUUUCCGGAGCAACAUCACAGCAAUUAUGUCAAUACUGGGCUACUAUUUGGUCCUAGUUUGAUGGAGAUAGAUCCAAUGGUGUUUAUUAAUGAAAAGACGGGUGAAUUGACUAGUUUUUAUCAUCUUGGAGAUAAGCUAAUCAGCCAAGAUGGCCAAAUCCAUAAUGGUGUUGUAUCUACAAUAUUGGAUGAGGGUUUGUGCUCUGCGGGUUUCCCAUUAUUGCCAUCAAAAAAGGGGGUAACAGCGAGUUUACUGAUUGAUUUCAAAAACCAAGCUCCGCCACGAAGCACUGUGGUCUUGCAUGCAAGAGUAAAAGAGUCUAAAGGUCGUAAAGUUGUAAUUGAAGGUUAUUUGGAGACGUUGCCCUUGUCGAAAAAAGAGUCUCCAUUGCUAAUUGCUGAAUCAAAGUGUGUGCUAGUUGAACCCAGGUGGUUCAAGUACUUUUCGUGGCUACAAAUAUAG